AUGGCGCCUAGACCAAGAGUCGAUGUCAACCAGCAGACGGCCGCUGAUAUGAACGCAGCACGUUCACAAACCUCAAUCAACGUUCAGACUGUCAGAAACUAUCUAUAUGGUGGACAGAAAGUGUGGGAUCUACGUCAACGCCUGGAAAAGAUUAUCGUCCAAGAACCAUUAUUUGACAAACAGCACAGGGACUUUCUAGGCCGGACAGAUCAAUAUAUCAGGGCUGCCGCAAUCAUAAAUAGGCUGACUGAGUUACGACGAGUCCAUGGCUGGUCUCAGGAAGAAUAUAAUACAGCCUCGUCACUUCUUUCGGAAGUACUAUCAAUCACACUACAUGACGUUGCAUUCCAGCCCGUCUUCCUCGGUCAAGGAUCUCCUGCACUGAUGGAAAACUAUUGGGACUUGGUGCAUGAGAAGGGUAUUCAAGGGUGUUAUUUGCAAACAGAACUCGGUCACGGUACAAAUGUAGCUCGUCUAGAAACUACUUCGACGUAUAUCCCGGAAACCCAAGAGUUCGAAUUAAACUCUCCUAGUCUUACGAGCACUAAAUGGUGGAUCGGUGCUCUGGGAAAGUCCGCAACUCAUGGUGCUGUCCAAGCAAAGUUGAUCUUGCCGGAUGGGAAGGAUAUGGGACCUCACCUUUUCUUCGUGCAGCUGCGCUCACUAGAGGACCACAAACCUCUCCGAGGAAUCACUGUUGGCGACAUUGGUCCAAAGGCCUCGGGAGGCAUGGCUGCACAAGACCAAGGCUUCGCGAGAUUUGAUCACGUACGGAUACCCAGGACAAACAUGUUCUCGAAGUUUGCUGAGGUCACGAUAGAGGGUAGUUAUAUCCAACCUCCUCACGCAAAACUCAGCUACGGAGGAAUGAUGUAUAUCAGGGCAACCAUGAUACCAUCGGCCGGAUGGACCAUAGCCAAAGGUAGAGCUCUAAGCAUCCAGUGUAAUCCCAAAUGUAAUCCUCUUGCAGCUGCAACAGUUGCUAUUCGUUACACGACUGUCCGGAGACAAGGCGAACUAGAUGCACAGGGACUCGAACGCCAAGUCUUGACAUACCCUUCAACAUACUACCGCUUGUUGCCCAUCCUCUCUAGGGCAUUUGUGUUCAUUGAGCUCGGGAGGUAUACGAUUAAAGCGUUGACUCAGAUGCAAGAGCGGCUUGCAAGUAGGGACACUUCCCUUCUUCCAGAGAUGCAUGCUCUCUUGUGUGGCUUAAAAGUCUUUGUUACUACACAAGGAAUUAUUGAUAUUGAAACCGCUCGGCGUUCUAUGGGUGGACAUGGGUACAGUGCAUUUGCUGGGCUAGGGCGAUUAUACAUUGAAUACCUCCCCUCCGCAACGUUCGAAGGGGACAACUUUGUCCUGGACGGACAAGUGGUGCGUGCCGCCACAAAGCUAUGCAAAGCUGUGCUUUCGUCAACAUCAGCUGUUGCUGAGCUUCCCCUUCCAUCAGCUUAUCUGCGUCUCUUGUCCACGACCAGCGAGGCCCCUCCACAAGUCACUGCAUCAACUUGGCAUGAUGUCCACAGCGUUGUCCUUCUUCUAGAGUGGCGUGCUGCUCUUAUGGUCAAGAAUUUCACACAGACGCCAGCGAGUGGAGAUGUCGAUGCGAACGUCAAUCAGCGCUUGGCCAGAGCUAUAACAGAGGCUUUUGUCGCAGCACAGGUCGGUGAGAUGAUCAACAAUCUCACCAAUUUACCUUCGGAGGACGCGAGGGUUGUCGGCUGCCUUUAUAGACUGUACUUGCUAACGAGUGCUGAAAGUGCGCUCGUGGACCUCCUUUCGGUUGGGUUGAUUCGUCAUACGGGUGCUGGCGAUCCUACGCAGGAUCUCCGUUUAGCCGUCAAAGCCCUUUGUCUUGAAGUCCUGCCCAAUGUCAUUGGUCUAACAGAUGCUUUCGGCUUCUCGGACUGGUCCCUAGACAGCGCACUGGGAGUCUCCGAUGGCCGCGUUUACGAGGCACUCUGGAAACGAGUGCAGAUGGAACCGAUGAACAAGGAUGAAGUUACUCCCGCUUAUGCUCCUUACAUUCGGCCCAUGCUACAACGCGGGCAAGCUGCGGCUCAGCAGAAGAUGAAGCUCAAAAGUAGACUCUGA